AGUUAUUAAUACGAAAUUAUAUUAAACAGUCUUUAGAAACGGCUUAAAUAAUUAUAAUAAAAAUAUUUGUUUUAAAUAAUUAAGUUUAAAAUGAAACGCCAUUUGCUCUAUCAAUUUUUGCUGAUAAAAUGUAUAGCUCUAGCAGUAAAUGCUGAAAGUUACUAUUCCAUAAAUGCACCCGGAGUUAUAAAAUCAAAUCGUAAAUAUUCGGUUUUUGCUGCUCUUCAUGAGGCCAGUGGACCGUGUUCUAUACGUAUUGGCAUUGAGGGACCCAGCUUAAAUGAGUUUAAAGAUGUUAAUUUGCAACCAUACGAAACGAAGUUAAUAGAAUUUUUCCCCAAAAAACUUUUGUCUGGAGAUUACAAAUUAAAAGCAGAAGGCUUAUCCGGUUUGAUUUUUAAAAACGAAAGUACUUUAAACGCUUAUCCAGAGUAUGGUCCAAAAAUUUACAUACAAACUGAUAAGGCCAUUUAUAAACCACAAGAUGUAGUUAAUUUUCGAGUUUUGAUAUUGGAUGAACAUACUAGACCGUUAAAUAUUACGGAUCCCGUCAGCAUAGAAAUAUGGGAUAAGGAAAACAAUCGCGUUAAACUAUUUAAUAACAUUACGCUCACACAUGGCGUUUUUACUGGACAUUUCAAAUUGUCCAAAUAUCCCAUAUUAGGCUCAUGGGAUAUUAAAGCAGUUCUAGGUGGAAGCUAUGCUUACUCAAACUCUAAAAGUAUACAAAUAUUAGACUACACUUUACCAAAAUUCAGUGUAUAUCUAAAAACCCCAUCGAAUGUUGUUCUAGAGGAUGGUUAUAUUAAAGUUGUGAUCUUUGGCAAAUAUACAUUUGACAAACAUGUAGAAGGUAAUGCCACAGUGGAAUUGUGGGAUGACUCAGUGGUUCUACAAACCAAACAUGUUGAUAUAGAAAGUUUAAGUUUCGUUGAGUUCAAUAUUAAGAAUGAAACGAAUCUUAAUAACACCAACACUCUAAAGGUCAAGGUAAAACUAACCGAUAAGCACACAGGUAGAACUGUGCAAGAAAAGAAAGAUAUAAAUUUACGUAAACAACGAUAUGACUUAGAUGUACCAUAUGAUGAAAUAGAAUUUGAAAAUAAUAAACCUUAUCGGCUGAGUGUUUAUGUUAAACAUUGGUCUGGCGCAGCAGUUUUGGAUCACAGUACCCCAGUUAUCAUGGAACAUGGCAAUAAAACAUAUGAAUCAUUUUUGGAUGGAAACGGUGUAGCAACAUUUGAAUUUGAACACGAUCCAAAUGCCAAUCAUUAUUUUAAAUUCAAAGAUUCCAAGGAAGAAUUAUACAACAUUUACACAAAUGAAAAUUUAAUGUUAAAUAACAGAGAAUACUAUUGUCGACUUAAGUUGGUGGAUCAAAAACUAAAACUUGGAAAACCCGUUCAAAUUGAGGUCAGUUCUAUUGUCAACAUUCCUUAUUUGAUGUACACUAUAAUGGGUCAUGCCAGUCUCAUACAUACGGAGCACAUUAAAGUACCGUCCAAUCAAAAGUCGCAUAUCAUAACCAUUACACCCUCAAUUGAAAUGAUACCCACGUCUUUUAUUUAUGUGUAUUACGUACACAAAGGCAAAUUACAUUAUGAAGAAAUGCGUUUGAGUUUUCCCUUUGAAUUCGAAAAUCAGAUUACACUGUCCGCACCCAAAAAAGUCAAGCCCGGUGAAGAAGUUACAAUUGCUUUAAAUGCUCAACCUAAGUCGUAUGUCAGUAUAUUGGCAGUGGAUUUGGGUGUAUAUUUAUUAGAUAAUUCAUAUGACCUAGAUAGGAACGAUAUUUUAGAUGAGUUGAAUCAUGAAAUUUCAUAUACUCCCCUACCUUGGGCUAUGGUAUAUCCCGGAUUAACAUCUGGGCUGGUGACUUUAACAAAUGCUCAUUAUCCGUAUGAAAUAUUGACGGUAAGAGUAUCACCAGUAGCUCAAAAACCAUAUUCACUUCGUUUUCGUCAAAAAUUUCCAGAGACCUGGAUAUUUGAUAAUUUUUUAAUCAACGAUACCGAGACCAAAUUAACACUUCAAAUACCAGACACCAUAACCACUUGGCGUAUAACGGCAUUUUCAAAUCACCAUAUAACAGGUUUUGGCAUAGUAAAUGGACCCACAGAUAUUACAACCAUACAAUCCUUUUUCAUUUCGCUAAAUCUUCAAAACUCUGUGAAACGUGGUGAAAUUGUGACAAUACCCAUAACAAUAUUUAAUUAUUCCAAUCAGACUUUUGACACAAAAGUGAUUCUACAUAAUAAUGACGGAGAGUUCGUUUUUAUGGAAUCAACAAUGCAGGGUGUAGCAAAAUCAAUUGAUGAUCAACAGCAAAUGAAGCAAAUUACUGUGCCAGAGGAUAAAGCCAAGACAGUGAAAUUUCUAAUAUAUCCCAUAAAAACCGGUGAAAUAAGUCUUAAAAUUACAGCCUCAAGUUCUACAUAUUCGGAUGCCGUUUUGCAGAAACUUAAAGUUGAACCAGAAGGUGUGCCUAAACAAAUUAAUCAAGCUUCUUAUUUAAGUAUUCCGGCAGGGGAGAAAAUAUCAUCCUCAUUUAGUAUUAAAGAUCCAUUAGAUAGUGUACCCGAUUCCGAUUACAUCACAUUUUCUGUGGGUGGUCAUUAUCUAGUGCCCACAGUGGAGAAUUUCAAUGAUCUAAUACAAAUGCCCACCGGCUGUGGUGAGCAAAAUAUGGUUAAUUUUGCUCCCGAAAUCUUAAUUUUGCAAUAUUUCAAAGCAAAUGGUAAAUUAAUGAAAGAGAAGGGUUUAGUUGAAAGUCUGCGUUCAUCAAUAGAAGUCGCUUACCAACAACAAUUAUCAUUUCGUCAUGAAAAUGGUGGUUACAGCGUCUUUGGCAUGGAUACCGAUGAGGAGCCCAAUACCUGGUUAACCGCCUACGUGGUGCGUUACUUUAUUAAAGCUUCGCAAUUUAUAUCAAUUGAAACAAGAGUAAUUGAAUCUGCAUUGGAGUAUUUGUCCGGUCAGCAAAAAUCCAAUGGAGAGUUUCCUUAUACGGGCUAUUUAUUAAACCCUAAACAUAAAAAUGCAUAUGGACUUACAGCCUUCAUACUGUUGGCGUUUUUAGAGAAUGAACAAUAUGCUACGCAAUAUGCAAAGAAUAUACAAAAUGGUGUAGAAUUUCUAACUUCAAAUUUGAACAAUACCCAGGAUAUUUAUGCCUUAUCAUUGAUAGCAACUGCUAUUAAACGUGCUAAACAUCCUAGUGCCAAGUCUUUAAUAAACCAAUUGAACCCACUUUGUAAGGAGCGUAACGGUCUCAAGUGGUGGUCUGCAAAUGAUCAAAACCUGGCGGAUGAUAUAGAAAUUACAGCGUAUUCAGCAAUGGCUCUGCUGGAAACUCCCGGAGACCAUACUUCAAUCUUAAAGUGGCUCAUAGAACAACGUAAUGCUAAUGGAGGCUUUACAUCAUCUUACGACACUGUAGUGGGCAUGGAAGCCUUGGUGAAAUUUUCAGAAAUAUACAAAAAUCUUAAAAAUGUAAACUUAAAGAUUUCUUAUAGUGCCAGAGAUCUGGAAGGUACUGAAGUGGCAAAGGAUGAAUUCAGUGUAAAUUCCAACAGUUUACUAGAUUUGCAUAUAAUUGAGUUACCAAAAUCC